GUGAAAACAAGAAAAAAAAUUGCAAAUGAUGUAGUUUUUGUUAAAAAAUGAGUGCUAAUUUCUGCUUGUUUCGACUGUAAAAUUUGUGUAACAGCUUUGAAGAGUGCGAAGGUCGGCAAAAAGUGAAAUCGCCACCAACGGAUUGGCAAAUCGGUGUGCUGAAAGUACAUUUGCGGGGCGAUGUUUAUGUUGUGAGAUUGUUUUUUUUCCUUACGUAGGAUCCGUGUCGCAUCAGAAGAAAGGAACAAGAGGGACCAAAUUUCGCCAAAUGAAUGUUUUCGGAAGUGGGCCAUCGGGAAUUGUUGGCAGACGGAAGCAGCCCGUGCCUGCCGCCCCUGAAAUGUCUCCUUUGUGGACAGCUCGGUAUGAUUACCAAGCCCAGGGCGAUGAUGAACUUUCCCUCCGGGUUGGCCAGAUAGUCUAUGUCCUUUCGGUGGACAGCAGCAUAUCCGGGGAUGAGGGUUGGUGGACGGGAAAAAUUGGGGACCGAGUUGGAAUCUUUCCAUCUAACUUUGUCACGAAUGAAGAUCCUACCGUGCUCAAUGUUCAACCGGUUGAGAUAAAGUUUGGUCAACUAGAUUUGAAGGAAGUGAUUGGGGUUGGAGGAUUCAGUAAAGUUCAUCGUGCCUUUCUUAAGGGUGAAGAAGUUGCCGUCAAGGCCUCCCGUCAGGAUGAGGACAUCAACGUUACCCGAGAGAAUGUCCUGCAAGAGGCCAAACUGUUCUGGUCUUUACACCAUCGGAACAUCGUAGCGCUGAGGGGGGUUUGUUUAGAACCACCCAAUUUCUGUCUAGUGAUGGAGUACGCUCGAGGAGGAUCGUUGAACAAGAUUUUAGCUGGCCGUAAGAUUCCACCGGAUGUUUUGGUCGAUUGGGCAGUUCAAAUUGCUCGUGGAAUGAAGUAUCUUCAUUGCGAUGCACCUAUAUCGGUCAUUCAUAGGGAUUUGAAAAGCUCAAAUGUUCUUAUCAGUGAAGCAAUAUCGAGUGAAAACAUCAAAGGUAAAACGCUAAAGAUUACGGACUUUGGAUUGGCACGCGAGGCCUACAAGACAACCAGAAUGUCGACCGUUGGAACCUUCGCUUGGAUGCCUCCGGAGGUGAUCAAAUCGGGAACGUUCUCCAAAGCUUCGGAUGUUUGGAGUUACGGCGUGCUGCUAUGGGAAUUGCUAACCGGUGAAACCCCAUAUAAAGGAUUUGAUUCACUUUCUGUCGCGUACGGUGUAGCCGUUAAUACGUUAGCCCUGCCAAUACCUAAAACGUGUCCCGAGUCUUGGGGAAAACUCAUGAAAUCCUGCUGGGAAUUGGAUCCGCAUCGACGACCGCCGUUUAGGGAUAUCGAGAAGGAUUUAGAUAUUAUCGCACGUUCAGGAUUUGCCCAAACGCCUCACGAGUCAUUCCACACGAUGCAAGACGGAUGGAAGAAGGAAAUAGCCGAAGUCCUCCAGGAGCUGCGAAAAAAAGAGAAGGCAUUUAAAUCUAUUGAAGAGGAAUUGCGCAGCAAGGAGGAGGAGCUCGGUCGGGUGCAAAGGGAACAGCGCUGCAAAGAGGAAGAUUUGGCCAAGCGUGAACAAGAGCUCGAUGCACGUGAAAUCGAACUUUUGGGACGUGAGCUGAACAUUAUCAUCACCCAGAAUACCCCCACGCCAAAGAAACGGAAAGGGAAGUUCAGCAAGAGCAAACUGCGGUUUCUCAAACGAGAGCCAGGCCAAAUUUCCUUACCCCUCGAUUUCCGCCAUACAAUAACGGUGCAGCACACUCCCAUUCGAGAUGAAUCUCGGCAACGUACGGACACACCACCCGGUUCUCCUGCCACCAGACUGAGGGCCAUCGCACUUCCGGCCGAUGGUAUGAAAGGUAAAACCUGGGGACCAUCGACUCUACACCAGCGUGAGCGAGGUCAUUUGCCAGCACUGCGAACAACGGUCCGGACACCCCAUUUCAGUAAAAGUGCCCCAAAUCUGGACAAGUCCCGCAUGGCCAUCUCGGCCAGUUCAUCGCGUAACGAAAUCCUAGAAUACGACACGGAUGAAUGGUUCCCGUCUAAUCUAAGUGUUGUCGGUGAUACGUCGUUGAGCACGUCGCUCUGCAAUAGAUUGACCCGUUUCGGAGGCAUUCCCAGCACUGUUCCGAUGCCAACGCUUUAUGCUUCCGAGGGCCAGCGCAAACCAAAGUUAUCAAUCAUAGAGUUAGUAUUGUACAAUAUCGCCUCGAUGCUGGCCGGAGUCGCGUCUGGGUAUGAUGUGCGGAUAUCGAACGUAACGCCGCUGCAUCCAAGACUUCAUCCGGUGCCUCCGUUUGGGGAAAUUUAUCAGUCACAGUCUAGUCCCUAUCGCAAUCUACCACAACACAUGCAGAUGCAGCCCCAAUUAACCAUACCACCACUUAUAGACAGUCACUUAGAGGAAGAAUAUGCCAACAUGCGUAGCGAAAAGGCGUAUAUUCACAAUACGUAUCACGCGCCCGGGAAGCAUAACAGGACACCUUUGUCCUCGCUGAGUCCGGAACGGCAUGAUAUGGAGCGACCAUUGCGAUUUACCGACUCACCCCAGCACUAUUUACCCUCGACGAUGUCAACAACCAGUGGCCUGGGUUCGAACUAUACGCCCUCCGGUCCGAGCUCAUCGUUGAGCGGUGGAUGUGUUGGAACUCAACCUCCCACGCCUUCGCCCCGACGGAAAUCGAGCACAACUUCCUUCAUCGAUUACUGCGAACUGCCGGAAGAGGAGGAAGAAACCAAAGCCGGACUCUAUGUGCCUGAAUGCGGUGAAUACGAAAAUUUCCCGUUGCAACACUUUCAAAGCAAUGCCCUAGUGUCGACGAGGGAAAAUGCAGGAUAUUUUGGGUCUCAUUAUUUUCCAUAUCGGCCGGAAAUAAACUUCGCAUUCGAGCGUGAUACUAAAUCAUACAGCGGAGAGCAGGUGUAUGAGGACCAUCAUUACGACAGUGCGUCAUAUCACGAUUAUGCCUAUGAAGGAGGGAAUGUGAAUUCUUUGAGAUUCAGUGCUCCGCGUGUACCAACAAUGGGUGUGAGUGCGACCGGCCAUAGAAGGACACUGUCGAAUGUAUCAACUGGUGCUUCUGUAAAUAGUAUUCAUCAAGGGUUUCAAAGCGACCACGAUGUCGUUGUUUCAAUGGUGGAUGAUGCUGUUUACAAUAUGAGUAAUUUCUUUAUUGGAAAAAAUCAGAGUGCUGUUAAACUGCCCGAAACGUCUGGUUCCAUUCCUAAUCGCAUUCGUGAAUACGAAAAUACUCCAAGCUAUUUUAAAAGACAGUUUAGUUUAAAUGCUGGGUAUUCGGGUCAUUUUUCAAACGAGUAUAUCAAUAUAACUAAUCAUGAACGGCCCGCUAGUCUGGGCUUAGAUCAUGGUGGUUUACCUCCUUCUUCUGGGGCUGGAACUCAGGUGAAGCUUAGAUCUAGUUUGAAGAAAUACAACUCACAGCAGCAACAACAGCAUCAUAACAAAUACAGUACUGGCUCUAGUGGAAGUUGCGGGAUACCUGUAGCUACCAAUCCUACGCCACCGGAUAGUCUCACCAGUGAUGACAGCUCCUACUUGAGCGCAAAAGAUAAUUCGUCUUCGAUGUCGUCACAAAGCAGGGUAAGAUUCACUCCUGAACUACUGCUGGAUAUGGUACAACUGUCAGGGCAACCGGUAAAGGUACCAUCGACUGACCAUCUCGAUUGCAAUCUGCCCGUUGAUCGUCGGCCUUCGAACGCAGCCACAGCAUCUGGAACUCCAACUUCUCUGGGCAAUGUGUCCUUAACAUCGGCACGUCGAUCUAACCCCAGUGAAUCCGAACAAUCCUAGCAGUACGUCAAAACCUAUAUGGUGUAACUUACAUUUUACUUAUUCCUUUUUUAUUCUGUCCAUGGUGCACCUUAUGAAUUGAGCACUUUUUACUGGAAGAAUGAGAUGUAAGAUUAUGUUCUAGAUGAUUUCUCAGCAGUUAAAGGUAAAUAAAAAAAAUAAGAACAGCAUUCAAUACUCAGUCAAAAGUUAAAUACAAAUACUAUGACCAGGCGUGAAAUACUCAUUCGUGACCAUUCAAGUGAGAUUUUCAAAUUACAGAUGGAAAAUUAGCUCAGUUUAUAAGGAUAUCUAAAAAAAUCUUUUAUUAUGAUUCUAAUUUCUUGUGAAAUGAUAAAAGAUCUUUUAAGAAGUAAACAGGCAUUUGGCACAGCCAACAUUGCAACUUUGCUUUGUUAUUUUAUCAUUUUUUCAACUGGUUUUGUUACUGUUGAAGAGAAUGUAUUAUUUGUUUUUAUUAAAAAUUUAUUUUAGAAUCUAUUGCUUCUAAUAAGAGCUUAACCAGUGAAAAUCUUAUCUGUCGUGCGUAACCAGUGACCCGAAAUGUGCACAUUAAAUUCUAGGGAAAGCUUCCAACACAUAAUGUCGAACCUCAUCAGAGGUCAUAAAAAAUAACAUUUUCCGGUGGGUGUAAUGGUGCCUAGCGUAACAUCUUUAUUGUUGAUUUUUUUCGCUCUGCACAGCUCCAUGAAUCAAACGAUGGACUAAACCGACCCUAUCGCUUCGCAAUCAAUACAAAACCGUGUUAACUUUUGAAAAUUUAUGAACCUUCGCAAUCCUCCUUGGUUUUACUUUCCGGAAUCAACCUAAGGUUGAAAAAUUCAUGGAAUGGUAUUGAUCCCGGUACAGUAUAAUCGGAAAACCUCCGGACAACAGUCCAGUGGAAAUCCGAGCUUGCUUCUUUUCAAACACCAAGAUGGGGUCGGUUGGCAAUUGAGAAAAUACGUGGUCAUCAUAAAUAAAGAACCGAAAGCAAUCCUUCCGCGAAAAAGGUCAAAUUCAUACGGAACAUUAUAAUGGCUGCUUUCCGCAUACGUAAGCGUUGGGAUGCAUGAACCAUAUUCGUAUAUGUGUUUCUAGCGACAUCAUCGCCAUCAUCAUCAACAUCAUCAUCAUCUUCGGUGUCGUUUCGACGGUGCUGGCCAUUUUCACCCUCCCGGGGAAAAAAUGCUACGAAACAAAAAACGGCUAACGGAUAUGGAUUUGAACGUAUGUUCCUAUACCAACACGUAUGUUUGGUGAUUUUUCCAGUUUGCCGUAGCGUAAAGCGGGACUAAAUCAACUGAAAGGGAAAAAUAUAUUUAGAAGAAAAAAAAAACCAUCAGACUCUGGCAACCGUAAAAAUGCACGGAUAACAGCACCGUCAAAUUCAUAAAAUAACAAAAGAAAGUGAGCCACUAAUCCGAGAUUGUUCACGAUGUGCAUCAGGCGUGCAAGCAAGCAAGCAACCGAACUACCAAAUACGAAAGGAGCCAGGAAUGCAUUUUCUUCCUGUACAUAUCUAGGACCAAUAACAAAACGCGAUCUGAAGGAAGGCGAACUAAAUGCUGUUCUGGCAGUUUGCGUAUUUAGUUAGAGGGUAUCAGGGAAAAAAACAAGUUGGCUCAUCACGUACGGGAUUCAUUCUAACUAGCAUUGUUGAAAAAAAAAGUACAUGCAUACCUGGAUAAAAUCUGAUAGUGCUAGAAUUAAUAUGGAAUUUAGUAAAUACGAAUUUUUCCACCUGAUGAAAAUUAACAUGUUUGACAAAGUGGUUUGUGGCUUUUUCUACACUAUUUUAGAAGAUAGAUCCAACUGAAGCUCUACUUAUGUAGGUACCGUUAUUGAAGGAAAGGGGAACUCACAAUAUUAGAAAUCGAUAAAUAGCAACUUUGUUUUUGUUUUCAGCUUAUGGAAUUCUAAUUGACUAUUCCAGUACAAUUUGUAUUUUUUUAAAUAUUUGUUCAUGCGUCCUUAUUUAAAUAAACAUUAAAAUAUUAAAAAAUCAAUAAAAAGUUUCCUUACACAUGUUAGCGUUUCUGUCCUAUUUACUAUUCUAUUUCAGUAGGUAGUAUUGAAACAGCAUUCAGCUCUCGCAUUGAGUAAUUAUUAUUUAUUAUAGGCUUUAUGACUUUAUGGACCCCAAAUUAGUUUUUUAAAAUGGAAAUUGUUUCCGGAGGCUCAAGUAUGAAAAAACCACAUUUGAAGCAAUUGCCUAGUGUCUUCAGUUGAAUUAUUGGUGAAAAUUUCUGGAACCCAAUAUUUAACUUGCAAUGUGUAUUUAUGUGGCCAAUCGAUUUGAGAUAUUCAUCGGACUCAGAAAUAUUCUAGUAAAUGUACGAAAUACUAAUUGCACCACCCCAUUUUUGCUACAGAAUCAACUUUGUUUCUUUGAAUUUACCAUAUUAGAAAUGAAUAACUAUGCCAGGAACCAUUCAAAUAUAUUAUUGCAUUUUCAAGUGAUUUUUAGGAUUUCACAACGUUGUUUAGGUAUGUAAGCAUUCCAGAUUACCCGGUUUUAAACGGGCGUGCCCGGAUUUUCAAAGAGAAAAAAUUGGGAAAUACCUUGUUCGGUCCGGUUGCCCGGAUAUCGAGAAAAAAGCCCAGAUUUUGCCCGGAAUUUUACAUUACUUUACCAAAAUCCAAGCCUAAAACUAAAAUUUAUUUCACCAAGUUUAUAAUUUUUGCAUAAAAUAACAAAUUGUUUUUAACUUAUUUGAACGAAAUAAAUUCGCAUACAUUUUAUUGUAUUGUAAUUGUAUGAUAAGAUUUGAACGCUGCCGCUGAUGUACCUUAGUGAAAAAUCACUUUUCGUGUGUUUAUUUUUCACCUUUUCUGUUGUCUUUUUAUGGAAAAUGCCUGAAUUUUUGCCGGAUUUGAGGUUAAAAUUUAGAACCGUAUGCCCGGAUUUUGCCAGAUUUAGGGUAAAAAUACCCGAUUUGGCCCGGCCCGGAUACGUACAGAAAAAAAAUACUUACAAAAGGUUUUUGUUCUAACUAAUUUAGGGUACCAUUGAAGUUAAAGGAAAAUUUCGAUUCACUUGUUCUCAAGUCGUUUUGUAAAAUUAGGAGAGAAGCAGCCAACUUAUAUGCGCCUUUUAUGCAAAAUCCUGAUUUUAACAUCUAUUUUAUCAAAUAUUUGUAGAAAAACUGUAUAUACAAGAGCAGACAUCUGUUUUCUAUACAUUGGAGUAAUUUUUAUGUUGAAAACGUCUUCAGUUUUCAAGAAAACGUUUUCAGUUUUCAAGAAAACGUUUUAAUAUACCUAGGGGAAAGUCGGGCAAGACGGACACCCUAAGGUAGAAUCGCAAUAGAAAACCAGAUAUUGCUAUUUUCAUCGCAGUUUUCGUGCAGAUGGGCAGUUUAGGUUGUUUACUAUCGCAUUAACCACUGGAAUUAGUAAAUUUCCUUCAUCAAGACUGUUUUUAUAGCCAUCUAAAAAAUGCUUGCAAAUUACACUUUUCAAAAAUGGUCGGGUAAAACGGACACUGUUCAGAAAAGGUACAUUUUGCCGCAUUAAUUGCUGUAAAUGUAGAUAUUUUUUGUGAGUUAAGUAUAAGAAAACGUGUUUAAACCAAAAUGGAACCAACAUGUCCGAGUCCAGAAGCGAAACAGUGUGGUUUUGGAAUUCCGUAUUUUAUAGGCGGUUUCUUCACUGGAGAUCCUGUUUUUACAGUUUUUAUGACCUGUUUGAGAUGUUGAGUGCUUUUCAACCGGCAAUUGCUCUUGCCAAGGUCUUCUGGAGGCAUAUGGAGGAUCAAACCGAUGAGAAAUUUAAAAUACCUGGAGAAACUUAUGUGUCCGUUUAACCCGACCUUGAGGUGUCCAUCUUACCCGCCUUAGCAACAUUUUUUCUAAACGAUUCAUGUUCAAGCCCUUUGACCGAAACUCGCCAAUUUUCCUCCAUAUGGUUAAAAAGUAGCCUAAUAAACACUCUUCCUUUGAUAACGAUUGACAUUUUCGAAAAUUUUGCGAGUUAUGAACUAUUUUUAUGAGGAGAGAAAACAUCAAAUAAUGGAUUCUCAAAGUUUUUGUUUGUUUUGUUUACUAUUAUCGGACCUUGCUUGCUAUAAAUAAACAAAGGGUCUUGAAAGUGUUGAUACACUCAGGCGAACAUAUUCCCAUCAUUAGAGUAGUGCCAAACAUUGUAAUUCUCGAAAUAUUGAAAGUGUCCGUUUUACCCGCUGUGUUCGUCUUACCCGACUUUCCCCUACCUAAAUGUUGUCUAAAUUGCCGGACCGCGAACCGUGAGGGCUAAAUGCGCCUGUGGGGAAAGUCUGGUAAACCGGACACUUUCAAUAUUUCGAAAAUGACAAUGUUUGGCACAAAUCUAAUAAUGGGAAUAUGUUUGCCUAUGUUUAUCAAUACUUUCGAGAUGUUUUAUUAUGUUAAACAAAAACUUUGAGGAUACGCAAUUUGUUGUAUUUUUCUCUACUCAGAAAAUACUCCAUAACUCGCAUCAUUUUCGGUAAUUUUAACCAUUUUCAACGGUGGAAUGAUGAUUAGGCUUCUUAAUAAAAACCUGUAGGAAAACCGACGAAUUACGGUAGACAGGCUUGAACAACAAAAGUUUUGAAAAAAAAUAUUGCUAUGUCGGGUAAGACGGACACUUCAAGGUCGGGUAAAAUGGACACAUUAGUUUCUCCAGGUAAUUCACGGGAUAAAUCGUCCAACCGGAUAAAAUCCCCGAAAAAAAAUCCAGGUAUUUUAAUUUUUUUAUUGGUUCGAUCCUCCAUUUGCCUUAAAAAGUCCUUUGCAAGAACAGUAUCGUAAAGCAUUCAUAAUCUUAAACAGGCGAUAAGAACUGGUAAAAGUUGAUCCCCGGUGAAAAAGCGCCUAUAAAAUGCGGAAUUCCGAAAACCACGUUGUUUCGCAAGUGAAUUCGGACCAGUUGGUUCCAUUUUGGUUCAAAAACGUUGUCAAAUGUUUAAUUCACAAAAAUAUGUACUUGUACAACAAAUUUUCCUCCAAAAUCUACCUAUUCUUCGCAGUGUCCGUAUUACCCGACCAUUUUUGAAAGGUGUAAUUUGUUAUCUAAUUUGACUGCUAUCCCGGAUAUUUCGGUAUAAAAAAUCUUACUCAAACAUAUGACAUUCAGUUUUGGCUAUGCUUCGCCUUCGCUAUAUUUCAUUUCUCAAUGAACCGAUUUUUAGACUCAAAUUUUAGUUUUUCCGUUAGUUUGACUAUCAUUUCCAUAGAACAUCACGGUGUGUUUCGUAGAAGGACUUAAAGAAAAAAAAUACAGUAACGCUAAUUUUUGCAUGGGUAGAAAGUAGAGCUUCUUCCGGUUCAUUUUCACCGAAAAUUAAAAUAUUUUUUCGGUGACCCCCCAUACAAAAUAUUUUUUUGAAAAUUUUCUAUUUGAAAUCUUCAAAAAAUAAAUAUAUUUUUGGUUUUUUAUAAUUUCAGAGGAGCUAAUUCUCUAAGUUUUAACUUUUAAUACUUUUAAAUUGAACUCAACAAUGUCAUUAAAAACUUUGAAAAAUUUUCAAAUUUUUUUUAAACUAGUUACAGAGCUGUUUAACAUAAAAAAUACUUAAAAAGUAUCUUCGUAUCCUAAAUUUUUUUUAAAAAAAUUGGCUGGCAAAUCCUGUUAGUAGUCUGAGAGGGUCAAUUUAUCUGAAAUUAUUAGAAUUGUCUAAAAUAAUAUGAAUCCAUUUGAAUCCAUAAUUUUUAGAUUUUUUGUUUGUGGCAACACUGGAGAAAAUUUUAUUGAAAAAAGCUCAAUGAUUAAGAAAAUUAGUAAACACUAGGAACCGCUCUAAUUUUUUUAUGAUAACUCUUAUCGUAAUGCGAUCAGGAGUAGAAACGUUUGCCUUAAUUUAAGCUUUGAAAAAAAUAUAACGAUAAUGAAUAUUGGAAAGUUUACGAUAUGUUAAAAAACAUCUUUGAUGAGAAAUCCGUUUUAUACUUCUCCUGAGUUAAAUGUCUCAAAAUUUCAAUCGCACUUCAGACUCAAUGCAAAUCGCUACAGCAGUUCAAUCUAGCUUAAAUUUUGCUUGUUUCUGUCUUUUGAUACAAUUUUCAUUAUAAGCCUGGAGUUUGCUUUAACCUUUUUAUUUUCAUUAUUUUCUAGCCCAAGUUUUGUAACCCUGCUGCACUCUGUGAAUCUUCCAUUUUAUUCAAAGAGCUAGCAUUACUGUUAAGAUUAAAUAAUCUUAGCUUCCACGAUUUCCAACCCACUAUAUUAUUUAAAUCAUCUCUUAAAUUCAUUGUUUUAAAUAAAAUUUUACAGUUUAUUGGAAAUAAAUUUAUUUAAUGGAUGAAUCUAGUCUAAAACUGUGAUAAAUUUGGAUUUUUUCUAAAAAAAUGUAUUUCAAUCCUUUUGUCGAUUUUACAUGUACAAAAAUUAUCAGUAUUGUUGCAAAAGUGAAUUGCAGAUUAUCGAUGGCAAACUAGCCUGCAGCGCGUCAGAUUCAUCAUAUUUUGUUCAUGCCUCACUUAUUUUAAUUAUUCUACUGUACACUGAAGGUCUCUUUUUUAAUAAAUAGAACCAUAAUGAAGCAUUUAUGUUACAGUAAAACAAUCAUAACUUCUACAAUUGUAUACCAAUUAUGGCAAAAAGUAUAGAAAUCAUUGAUUUGAAUAAACCAUAGAAAUCCAUAAAAACAAAAAAAAAAUAAAACGCAUAAAUCAGGUCCAAAACUGUCGAUAAAAUAGAAAUUUCUCUAGAAAAAAAAAUAGUUUUUCAUCGUUUUGUUGAUCAUGAAUAUGAAAAUAUCGGCAGUACUUCAAUUCUUAAGUAAAAAUGAAGUUCAAAUGAUUAAUAGAAAAUUUAUUCACCAUCAAUAUGUGAAAAAGAAAUUUAAAAUAGAUGUUAUGUAGCGGAAGAUAAGCAGAUUUCAGUGCAAGUACUUUAACUUUUAACAAUAUUUUAUUGAAAACUGGUCUUCUUAGAUAUGUUUAAACCUAAUAUUUAUCUAUAAAUUUAUUUUAAAAAUGCCGUAAACGAGUGACAUCAUCAAAAAUUAAAUUUGUUUUCAAAAGUGCAUACCCAUAUGCACCAGAGCCUGCAAAUGUUGUGGAAAUAUUGCAAUGAACAAUUUUGAAAAAAAAAAAAAAUAUUUUUAGUAUUUUGUUGGAAACCAAUCAAAUGGCAAAAGCUUAAAUGCCUAUCACUGCAUUGGUUUACCUUUUCGGAAUGGGUUAUUAUAUUUCUAACACCGUAUCAGGCUUCUAUUUACUUUAUUUCCAUGUCGUUUAAACAUUAUUAGGAUAUUGCAUUCUCGAAAAAUCUAGGCGGUGGCCAUAGGCCAUAGGUGGUGUCCGGCCAUAGACGGGUUCCCCCUAUAAGCGGUUGUACCUCAUUCAUCAGAAUGAGAAAUCCCCAGAAUUUCAAUCACCAGAAAACCACUUUCCCAGAAUUCUUUUAUCCUGAAUGAACCAUUUCUCAGAAAAUUUUUCGCCAAAAUAAACCAUUUCCCACAAAACUUUUCACCAGAAUUAACCAUUUUCCAGAAUUAUUUUCGCC